AUGGGCCCAUUCCCCGUUGUUUUAUUCAUCCCUCUGGCUUUAUGUCUCGGAGGAUUGCCCGAGGAACGUAUGACCACGGUAAGGCGUUCAGUAUAUGUUAUUAGAAUAGGUGGUGUAGUAUAACAAAUAGUAUAUGAAUAAAUGAGUUUUCAGAGUCAAAUCGUCGACUUCUAUGGUUACCCUAUUGAGGAAUUUGAGUCUCAGACAGAAGACGGAUACAUCCUCAAACUUCAGCGAAUUCCCUUCGGCAAGACGCCCCGAGGCCUCAGUACUGUAAGCAGAAUUAUAAUAUUUACCCGUUUAGUCCUCCAAGCCCGUGGUCUUCUUUCAACAUGGGUUUAUUGCGUCUUCGGCUGAUUGGGUCACCAAUCUUCCCCAUCAAUCAGCUGCUUUCGUCUUCGCUGAUGCUGGAUUCGAUGUUUGGAUGGGAAAUGUGCGAGGGAAUGUAUACUCAAGAGGUCAUGUUAAUAAAACAAAACAUUUUUGGGAGUUCUCGUGGGAUGAGUUUGCUAAAUAUGAUCUGCCAGCCAUGAUCGACACAGUCUUAAAUAUCACUGGAGAUGAUUCUUUGUAUUAUAUUGGACAUUCUCAAGGGACCGAGAUCAUGUUUGCAAAAUUGGCGGAGGACCCUGGAUUCGGAAAGAAGGUGAGUGGGGCUUCCUAUUACUUGGUAGGAUAUCGUCGAUACCCUUGUUAUAAUAGUUUAUUUUUCUGAUAAAAAAGUUCUUCGCGUUGGCUCCCGUGGCUACAGUAUCCAAUCUCCAUGGGUUUUUGUCUUAUAUGGGUAGAUUUUUUGGAAAGGAUAUUUCUGUAAGUUAAAAAUACCGUAACAAGGUGUUUUAGAAGUUUUUUGAAUUUUUUGGAAGUUAUGAAUUUUUGCCAAACAACUUUUUGACCAAACUUUUCGCGGAAAUUACUUGUGGAUGGAAGUUUACAAAUCCGUUGUGUGACAAUGUUUUGUUUCAAAUCGGAGGUCCGGAGAGCAACCAGUUCAACACUGUGAGUAUAAAUUCAAAAUACGUCUUAUUCAUCAAGCGUGAACAACUUUUAAAUUUUCCUUCAGACCCGGUUGAUGGUUUAUAUGAAGCACACUCCAGCUGGGACCUCUACUCAAAACUUUGUGCACUGGGUCCAAUUGACUCAGACCAACAGGACCCUGAAGUACGACUAUGGAAGUGCAGCGGAGAAUGAGAAACAUUAUGGACAGGUAUGAUUGCAUAUAUUGGAGUAUAUAGAGUAAUCAAAUUUUUUAUCGAGUAUAUACAUAUUCCAUUAGCCCACGCCACCGGAAUACGACUUAACUCGAGUUCAGACCCCUGUCUAUCUGUAUUACAGUCCCUCUGAUUGGAUAGCUGAUGAAAAUGAUGUCAAGGUAGGGAAAUUGAUGAUAAUUAGAGCAAUAUUGAAGUCAACUGCCAAUAAAAAAAAUUUUUUUAGACCGCGAUUCUUGACAAGAUCCAUCCCCAAUAUCUGAAGAGGGUAAAGCCAAUGGAAGAUUUUAAUCAUUUUGACUUUAUCUGGGGUUUAAAUGCCCGCAAAUUGGUAUACGACGAGAUCAUCAAAACUUGCAUGGGACAUUAUAUUCGAACCAAAAAUCAUUUCUAA